AAGAAAACCAUUUCUCUUUCUGCUACCAAUUAUACCCUCCCCUCACUCCCUUUACUACAGGACCAACCCCCCUCUUCCGAAUUCAAAACCAGUCCCCGGCUCUCCUCCGCCGCCUCGGUCGGGCCCUCGAAACCAAAGGCCUAGACAUGGCGAUCGCCGCUUUCCGUCGAAUUCCCCUGUACCUCUCGCAAUCCCCUACCUCGCUCUCCCUCCUCUCCAAUUCCCUCGCACGGCUGUGCUCCUCCGCCGCCCGCGCCGCCCCUUCCGCGUCCGCGAAGGUUGCCGACCGGAUCGUCACGCUAUUCGCCAUCGAGCUCGACGGCAAGAAGCGCGAGGUUGUGGGGCUCUCCGGCCAGACUCUCCUCCGGGCCCUGAUGAACGCCGGCCUCAUCGACCCGGCCUCUCACCGGUUGGAGGAGAUCGACGCCUGCUCCGCCGAGUGCGAGGUCCACAUCGCGCAGGAGUGGCUCGACAAGCUCCCGCCGCCGUCGUACGAAGAGAAAUACGUGCUUACGAGGGCCUCCAGGAACCGGGUCCUUAACAAGCAUGCGCGGCUCGGGUGCCAGGUCGUGCUCACGCCGGAGCUCCAAGGUAUGGUCGUCGCCAUCCCCGAGCCUAAGCCCUGGGAUACCCCGUAAUGGGGAAGAGGGUUGGUUAUCCCUAGGGCUAGGGCUCUAUUGUGUGGGAAAGUUGGGUUCUUUACUUGUGUUGGAUUCAGAGUAACAGCGAAUGCUACUUCUGUGUACAAUUUAAUCAUCUUUCGUGUUUUUGUUCAAUGAGAACCAUGUGAUGUGCUUUAAAUUCACUCCUUUUAUGCAAAUCUCCCCUGUUUAUAUAUAU